UAAACGGGACGGGUAGGGCACCACGAAAGACGAACUCCUUCACGCACUUUACCCCCGGUUUGUGGAGGAGCCGUACUUUCACCUGUAUGUGAGAAGUGUACCAUGGAUGGUCGUUAUCGAAAGUAGAAGAACCCCCCAACCAGCUCGGUGACGUUUGAGGGGGUGGUUGUGUUGUUGUUGUUGUUUUUUUUCUUCGUUCCUGCAACUUUGCAACGUACACGCACCUCGUGUACACCGACGCAACCACUGCAAUCUAGUCGCCGUUGGUUAGUGGUCCGGUGCAGAUGGUCUUUUUCGUUCACGGAACGAAUCGUGUGUCAGUUUUGGGUGAACUUUAGAAGGAAUUUCGUGUGUUUGAGUGUGCGCAUUUCUUUUGUACAACAUGUUUUAUCAAGUUUCUGAAAACUUUCAACAGAGUCAGUGUUUGUGUGCUUAGUGAAUGUCAAAACCAACGAUGUGAAAAGUGAUAAAUAAAAGAAAAGUAAAAAAACUUCAAAAGAAUCGCGUGUGUUGUAAAAGCUUGAAAACAGUGUCAAAAAAUAUCCUUCCUGCCAACCAGCAACCAGUUCAAUGUCUGUGUGCGUGUCCUCUGCCGGCGGGACACUCGGUAUCGAUGCGAUGUCACUCUCGCAGAUGACAUUGCCCUCCUCCAUGAUGCUACCGCUCCCACAUUCGUCAUCGUCCCUCGGGUCCGGCCACUCAUCUCUGCUGAGUCACUCGAUGGCCAAUGGACAGACAAGCCUCGGUACGAUCGGCUCACUCGACGGUGGUGGACUUUCCAUCGGAUCAACGAGAUCACUGCAGCUGAACAGUGCGAGCAGUAGUAGCAACAACAGCAGCAGCAGCAGCAGCAACAGCAACGGACACGGUAGCCUGAGCGGUGGCAGUCUUACCGGGCUUCCGGCACUGCACGGGCAAAGCUCCACCAUCGGCGCCGGCCUGUCCGGGGAGCUUCUCGGGGAUCAUCAUCCAAAUCCCGAAAUGCUAUUGGCACUGAUAUCACGUAACAAGGCUCUCGAAGCUACUAUUCCCAAAUGUGGCGGCUGUCACGAGCUUAUCCUGGACCGGUUCAUCCUCAAGGUGUCCGACCGGACGUGGCACGCCAAAUGUCUCCAGUGCAGCGAGUGUCGGGUGCAGCUGAACGAAAAGUGUUUCGCCCGCAACGGUCAGCUGUUCUGCAAGGACGAUUUCUUCAAGUCCGACAGGCGCUACGGGACCAAGUGUGCCGCGUGUGAUCUCGGCAUACCGCCAACGCAGGUGGUCCGACGGGCGCAGGACAACGUGUACCAUCUGCAGUGCUUCAUGUGCUCGAUGUGCUCGCGGCAGCUAAACACGGGCGAUGAGUUUUACCUGAUGGAGGACUGCAAGCUGAUCUGCAAACCGGACUACGAGGCAGCGAAAGCUAAAGGUCUCUAUCUUUCCGAUGGUUCACUGGACGGGGAGUCGUCGAAUAAGCGACCACGAACCACCAUCACUGCCAAGCAGCUGGAGACGUUGAAGAGCGCCUACAACAGCAGCCCCAAACCGGCUCGCCACGUUCGGGAACAGCUCUCCCAGGAUACGGGGCUCGACAUGCGUGUGGUGCAGGUGUGGUUUCAGAAUAGACGAGCGAAGGAAAAGCGAUUGAAGAAGGAUGCAGGUCGCACUCGCUGGAGUCAGUACUUCCGGUCGAUGAAGGGAACCUCCUCGCCCAGCCGUGUCGACAAGCUGCUCGACAAGGAUGAGCUAAAGAUUGAUCUCGACAGUUUCAGUCAUCACGACCUCAGUAAUGAUAGCUACAGUACGUCCAACAUGGGCCUGGAGGACGGUGCCUCGCCGCACAGUGCCCGAGGGUCCUACAUCCACGGCAACGGCAGUCCCCCGCCGUACCUUUCCAGCCACUCGCCUCCGCCCAUGGGAGCCGGCCACCCGUACGGUUCCUACCCGGACAAUAUCGUCUACACGCCACUAGGUCAACCCCUAAGCUCGAUGCACCCUGGUGCUCGCCGGCCUGGGCUGCACGGUAGCGCCGUGUCGGACCUCAGCAACGAUUCUAGUCCCGCGCACGGCUAUCCCGACUUCCCGCCCAGUCCCGACUCGUGGCUCGGUGACUGUCCGCCCCAUCCGCAAACACAGCUUCCAGCGGCCGGUGGUGCGCCCAACGGUACACCCGGCCCAAAUGGGCCCCUUCAAUCGCAGCAGGUAGCACCACCGCCGCCACUGCUUGGGCAGCAGCAGCCGGCACCGAAUGGCACGUCCGCCCUGACGCACUACUGAUGCAGGCGCAAGGGAGUACCGGCACGGUGUUACACCCAGCUGCGCACUAGUUUGCACUAGCGACGGGGCAAAGAGCCCCGCGACGUUUGUUUUGUGAUUCCGUUUAGAGCCGUUAGUCGAAAUGUGCCAUAGAUUUGCGCGAACCAUUGUUUCGCGGUUAUGUGUCACAACACUUUCUCUGUAAAAGCACCCACAGCCCACAAAACAAUCAAACCACUAUACUAUAGCAGCGAGUAGAUUGUCCAAGUCAGAAAUCAAAUGAGUGUAGAACUAGUCGUGAAGAAUUCGGGAAGGGAGUGGAAGAGAGAUCCAGAGCAGUAAGUAGCAGUAAGUCAAAACAAAACCCAUAAAUCACCCGGUGCUAGUCGUCUUGGACACCGAUAGUUAGUGCAUUGUAGUGCGUUCCGCGUGCAAGGCGGAGGCGUAGUGCGAUAGUCCAAUCCAUACGUAAAUGAAACCCCGAUUGGUCCGGUUUGGUUUUCGGAAGCCGGAACAAAAUGUGUUAUGUCCACUCCACGUCCCCCUCCAUCCCCACUAGUUGUUCCUUGAAGUUCCGUUUCGUUUCUGUAGCUGGUACGAAACGGCCAUCUCGGCCGAGAGUCUUGUUGAAGCCAAAAACAAGAAGUUGAAACCAAUCGAACGUCACUUUCGGUAAAGGUUCGACAGCAAGAUCCAAUGUACAGUGUGCCAUCACCGUCGUGUGCAGCAUUAUUCGCAAGAUGACCAACAUUUUGUUGGAAAAAUGCAAGGAUAGCAGUGGUAGUAGAAGUGAGCUGAUGAGUAGAUAAGAACAGUGUUUCCUUCACACAGCCACACAACACAAGUCAAUCAAAGGUGAAGAAAAUGCAGGGAAAAACAAGGCAAAUAGGAAGGACCAACUGAGUCCCGUACACCCAUUAACAGUAACCUUUCGGAAACGACAACUGACGUCCUGCAUAUAUAUAUAUACAUACUAUACAUAUAUACAUACAUAGCUAUAUACAGCUCCUACUACAGCAGCAACUACAGCUACUAAACCAAUCGGAGGCUGCACGCGUGGCCCUUUGCUCGGUAAUCCUAACGGAAAAUGUGUACAUAUUUAUUUAAUUUAUUGCUAUAAACAAAACAAAAGGAUCGAUCGUGAACGAAAAUACAGACACCGC